UGGCUCCGCGCCCUGCCCAAAUGUGAACUUCAUCUACAUCUUGAGGGCACGGUGACACCCGAAACCCUCGUGGUGCUCUCAGCCCGCCACGACAGCGAGCCCCUGCGUCUCGAAGACGUCCGCGAGCUCUACAAAUACAAGGAUUUCGCGCACUUCCUUAAAACCUUCACGCUGGUAUGCGACCGCCUCCUCACGCCGGACGACUACGCACUUGUCGCGCGUGAGAUGGUACGCGACCUCGCAGGGCAAGGCGUCGUCCACGCAGAGGUGUACGUGGCGUGGGGAAACAUCAUGAGGUGGAAGCCUGACCUCCAGGUCGAGGACGUCAUGCGGGCCUUGGAAGACGCUGUGGCCGGCAUUGAGGACCAGACAGGGACCACGCCUCCGUCGAUACUGUGGAUCGCGGAUGCGAGUCGGCAGUGGGGCAGUGAGCACGUGGGCGAGGUAUUCCGGCUGGCAGCGCGUCUGAGAGAACAGGUUCCGAGUGUUGUCGGGGUGGGCAUAGGUGGCGAUGAGGCUGGCGGACCUAUGGAGUGGUUCCAUGAGGUGUAUGCGGAAGCCAAGAAGGCUGGCCUGAGACUGACUGCUCAUGCUGGUGAAGCUACCGGUGCGGUCCAGGGACCGAAUGAGAUCCGGACGGCACUAAAAAUGGGCGUAGAGAGGGUCGGACAUGGGCUGGCAGCGCAGUACGAUCAAGAUUUGAUGGCAAUAUUGGCUAGAACACGCGUGCCUCUAGAGAUCAACAUAAUGUCAAAUGUUUUGACAGGCUGCUGCCUGUCGGUCCAAGAGCACCCGUUGCCAAUGUUUCUUGACAACGGAAUUCUAUGCACCAUCAACUCCGAUGAUCCGGCGAUGUUUGGGUCUCAAUGUCUCGACGAGUAUGUGUUGAUAUACGAGAAGCUUGGUCUGAGCUUGGAAGAUUUGAGAAGUCUAGCAAGAAAUUCCGUUACUGCUAGCUUUCUUAGAGAAGAAGCAAAGAGGAAGAUUCUAGCGGAUAUCACGAAUCAUAG